AAGAAACAAUGGCGAUAGAUGCAGGAGCAGAAUCGAUUGCUACGGUCGCUGAGAAAGCUCCUGUCACGGCGGAGAGGAAAGUUCGUACUGAUCUCGAUGAUUAUCUCCCCAAGCCUUAUCUGCCUCGAGCAAUGGUUGCACCAGACAUGGAAAACGUGAAUGGCACAAGGGGACACAAGCACCAGGACAUGUCUGUUCUUCAACAACAUGUCGCUUUCUUUGACCAGGACAGUGAUGGAAUCAUCUAUCCAUCAGAAACAUUUAGAGGUAUCUACUAUAUUUUUUAAUGAAAAAUUAACCUCGGUUUCAACGUGGUUUCUAGUUUCUUUCUAACAGUUAUUGUGCAUCUUACAAUGAGUUACGCCACAUUGCCUACUUGGAUGCCUUCGUUCUCUUUCCCGAUUUACAUCAAGAACAUCCACAGAGCAAAACAUGGAAGUGACACCUCAACUUAUGACACUGAAGGAAGGUACAUACCUGCAAAUCUAGAGAACAUGUUUAGUAAGUACGCACGUACGGUGCCUGACAAGCUAACCCGUUUUGAGCUGUGGCAAAUGACUGAGGCUAACCGUAAUGCAUUCGAUUUCUUUGGCUGGGCAGCAAGUAAAAUGGAGUGGGGAGUGCUGUAUUUUCUGGCCAAAGACGAGAAUGGUUACUUAUCCAAAGAAGCGGUUCGGAGAUGCUUUGACGGGAGCUUGUUCGACUACUGCGCCAAGGCAAGAGCUUCAGCUAAAAAGACUGAAUGAUUGAUGGCACGCGUAUACCAGUUUCUUGAGUUUUAGUCAGUUUUAAUAUCUUAAUUUUAGGACUUUCCUGAAGGCCGGAGGGAUGUCCAGAUUCUCAAUGUGUCACUAUGUUCUAUGUGUUUGGAUAUUUUCAAGACACUCGACCUGACAUGAAACUUGGCCAUGCAUAUGUGAAGUUUGUCGAAUUAUUGACGAAUAUAGUGCAAAUGGCAUGAAACUUGGCCAU